UCUUGUAACACAGAGGAUCUGGCAGACUUUUACCUCCUGACACUGUUUACAGCAUAUAUUGGUUGAUACAGUCCCUUAUUGCAUCUGUUCUGGGAAUUAAGGAAAGCAGCUUCAAGGCAGUAAGGGACAAGACACGUUGCAAUGAUGACGUUAAACUCCUUACCUGUCUUUCUGUUAUUGAUCAGUGGCAUUUUUUGCUAUUAUGAGUAUGGUCCUGCAGAUGAUUAUGGUUAUGAUCCUUUUGGACCCUCAGCAGCAGUCUGUGCCCCAGAAUGUAAUUGUCCUUUAAACUACCCUAGUGCCAUGUAUUGUGACAAUCUUAAACUGAAAACAAUUCCGAUCGUACCAAGUGGAAUAAAAUACCUUUAUCUUCGAAACAAUAUGAUUGAGGGUAUUGAAGAGAACACAUUUGAUAAUGUAACAGAUCUACAGUGGCUGAUCCUAGAUCACAAUCAUUUGGAAAAUUCAAAAAUUAAGGGAAGAGUCUUCUCUAAACUAAAGCAUCUGAAGAAACUUCAUAUUAACUACAACAAUUUGACUGAAGCUGUUGGACCACUCCCCAAAACUCUGGAUGACCUGCAAUUAAGUCACAACAAGAUUACAAAAGUCACUCCCGGAGCACUUGAAGGGCUGGUGAAUCUGACUGUCAUUCAUCUCCAGAACAACCAGCUGAAAGCAGAAUCUAUUUCUGGGGCUUUUAAAGGCCUGGAAUCACUUUUGUAUCUUGACUUAAGCUUCAACAGACUUACAAAGCUACCGACAGGACUCCCUCACUCCUUACUCAUGCUGUAUUUUGAUAACAACCAGAUCUCCAAUAUUCCCGAUGAGUACUUCCAAGGUUUUAAAGCCCUGCAAUAUUUACGUUUAUCCCACAAUAAAUUAACAGAUGCUGGGAUACCAGGCAAUGUCUUCAAUAUAACAUCACUGGUUGAGCUGGAUCUCUCCUUCAAUCAGCUGAAGAGCAUUCCAACUGUCAGUGAGAACCUUGAAAACUUCUACCUCCAGGUCAACAAAAUUAGCAAGUUCCCAUUGAGCAGCUUCUGCAAGGUUGUUGGGCCAAUGACCUAUUCCAAGAUCACACAUCUGCGUCUGGAUGGAAACAACCUCACCCGGGCUGAUCUGCCGCAGGAGAUGUACAACUGCCUUCGGGUAGCUGCUGAGAUUUCACUGGAAUGAGAUACCUGGGAGGAUCCAGUUCCCUUCUAAGGGCAGUAACUACAAGAAUAACAUCAUGAUAGCUUUCUAAAGUUAGGAUAUACCUUUUAAAAAGUGUCAGUCUGCAUAUUACCCAUUCUGUUUGUUAAUAUUUAGCAUACACUUGGCAACCUUAAGGAAAUGUGUAUAUUUCUACAAAUCAUUGUAAUCAGAAAGCAAAGGAAUGGCCAAAUGUGGUGCAAAAUAUGCCUUCAUCUGGCUGGCUAGAUAAAUUGAUGAAAAUCAUUCCGUUUAGUAGAAAUCUAUGUCCAUGCAUGCCAUACACGGCAGCUGGUACGAGACCUACAUGGAUGUUAGGUGGGUUUCAUCAGAGUGCUGAGCAGGAAGGUUUAGCCUGUGUAAAUACAAGGUGCCUCUCCAACCAAUCCAGGUUUCUUAAUUAUUCACAUCUUUUUCAUAUUGUUAUCCAUUACAACAACAAAAAAUGAUUUAACAAUCUAAGAAAAAAAAUUAAAUGUAUGAAAAUGUGUUUUCAGAGACCAUGACAUUUUUAAAUGAAUAUUUGAAAGAAAACAGGGAAACUUUUUUCAGGUUAAAAAAAUUGUUUACUAUUAUUUUUGUCAUAUUUUCAUGUAAACUUUCAUGAUAAGAUUUUUAUCCAUUGCUGGUAUAGUUUUUACUGCCACAUAAGUCAUAUAUACAAGUAUUUUUAUUCAAUUAAUUGCAUGUUACUUUUAACCACAUUGUAGAAAAUAAAACAUAGCAAAUAGU